UUGGAUUUUGCGAUGAAGAGUAGAAAGAAGGAUUGAAGUGGUAGCAGGUACUUUGUUGUCUCAGGCAGACACUGAUAUGGAACAACCAAAACACAAACUUCUUCUGAUUCUAACGCUUCUUUUUUCAACCGUCACGGUUGAAUCUGAAUACCUUCGCCCUCUUCCUCGUAAAACCUUAACCAUCCCACUGUAUUCAAUUUCCAAGGCUCACUCCUCUUAUCCUCAACAGGUACACAUUUCUUUGGCAGGAGAGAAGCACAUCAGAGUUACCUGGAUAACCGAUGAUAAACAUUCACCCUCGUAUGUAGAAUACGGAACAUUACCUGGGAGAUAUGACUCAAUUGCUGAAGGAGAGUUCACCUCUUAUAACUAUAUGUUAUAUACCUCAGGAACGAUACAUCAUGUUGUAAUUGGACCUUUGGAAGACAAUACUGUGUACUUUUACCGUUGUGGGGGAAAAGGUCCUGAUUUCCAGCUCAAAACCCCUCCAAACCAAUUUCCAAUUGUUUUUGCUGUGGCUGGCGAUCUUGGUCAGACUGGCUGGACUAAAUCAACACUGGCUCACAUUGACCAAUCUCAAUAUGAUGUCUACCUGCUUCCAGGAGACCUUUCAUAUGCUGAUUGUAUGCAGCAUCUGUGGGACAGUUUUGGUGAACUAGUGGAGCCGCUUGCUAGUACAAGGCCAUGGAUGGUGACAGAGGGCAACCAUGAAGAAGAGAACAUACUCUUGUUAACGGACAAUUUUGUGUCCUAUAAUUCCAGAUGGAAAAUGCCAUUUGAGGAAAGUGGAUCAACUUCAAAUCUCUAUUAUUCUUUUGAAGUUGCUGGUGUCCACGUUAUCAUGCUUGGCUCCUAUGAAGAUUAUGAUGUGUACUCUGAACAAUAUAGAUGGCUAAAGGAAGAUCUGUCAAAGGUUGAUAGGGAAAGGACACCUUGGUUGCUUGUGUCAUUUCAUAUACCGUGGUAUAAUAGUAACAAGGCCCAUCAAGGUGCAGGGGAUGAUAUGAUGGCAGCUAUUGAGCCGUUGCUUUAUGCCGCUAGUGUUGAUUUAGUUAUUGCUGGUCAUGUUCACGCUUACGAACGUUCGAAACGUGUCUAUAAUGGAAGAUUGGAUCCCUGUGGUGCUGUCCAUAUAACUAUAGGUGAUGGAGGAAACAGGGAAGGCUUAGCUCGGAAGUAUAUAAACCCACAGCCAAAGUGGUCAGAAUUCCGCGAAGCCAGUUUUGGUCACGGUGAGCUGAAGUUUGUAAACUCCACUCAUGCCCUCUGGAGUUGGCACAGGAACGAUGAUGACAAUUCAGUAAAAGUUGAUGAUAUCUGGAUAAACUCUUUGGUCAGCUCGGGAUGCGUUGAUCAGAAGACACAUGAACUCAGAAGUACACUUAUGAUACCCUAAAAGUUGUAUCUGCAAAUGUUACUCCGUAACCGUGUGGAUCAGCAUAAGUUCUGUAAAAAUAUAGAUGAUGAAACAAUACAUUAGUUUACAAUGGAUCACUAGCAGCAGAAUGGGUAAAGUCAGGUAUUUCAGUAUUUGCCGCUCGUUUUGCUGGUACAUAUAUUUAGAUAUUAUAAGGACUUGGACUAGUCAGUAAAUUCAGCAUAGGGCGAGUUGUCUCUUUGCAAUUGAUGCUGUUGCUUGUUUAGUCUGAACCUAUAGGAUUUGUUUCUGUAUGUACAGCAAAAUAAAUUUGGUUGCUUACUGGUUAGUGAAAAAUGCAUGCAUUUUAUAUUCA